AUGAAGUCGCACGACAAGCUCCACGCCGCCCACGCCACGACCGAAGCCGCUUUCGGACUGGCGGCCAAGGCCCCCUUUUACGCUACCCUGUGUGACCCGCCCCCACAGUGGCCCUGACGUCCUAUAUGAUGAAAUGCCUACCGGCUCGUCCGGAGGUGCGCAGGCGUACGUGACAGGUGAGUCAAAGACAUCCAUGUACAACUGCGCUUUGAGGAGGAACCGCCGCUGACGCGCUCAUCUCUCGAUCGCGACCUUGGCCAGGUACCCUACGCUCUACUUCUUCUGCAUCCACUACUUCCGCAUCUUCUAUUUCGCCAUCAGUCCCCAUUACCGCUUUGAAGCUUUCGACCGCCCUCCUCUCCCUUGGAUCCCACCAGCCUACCUCGACCCGCCCCCGUAACGAUUCGUCGUCGUCGCUCGGCACGCCCUGCUCGUCGGCCAACUCGUCCCCUCCCCCCGCCUACAACUCGAUCUAUCCUACUUCGUCGUCGCCCCAAUCCGCUCGUGCGCCUUCGAUCCUCAGCACCAAGUCGACGUCGACCUUCCUGAACCCCCUCCAGGCCGCGCUCAAUUCGCCUAGCAAGCCCAUCAAGCCCUUGUUGAGCCCGCGUUCGUCGCACGAUUCUACCGACUCUCACUCCCUCUCGGUCAACACCGCCACCCGCCCCGCCGCUCGCGUGGUCGACGUUCUGUCGCUCGUGUUCCCGACCUCGUCGCCGGCCCAAACGUUGCCGCACUCGUCGGUCGAUCUUAGCGAGUUCUCUUCGGCGUGGAAAGGUGCCGUGUUGGAGAACCCCGACGCCGGCACGAGGACUUUGUACGUCGUCGGUGGCUCGUACCAGGACGUCAACAUGCGCGAGAGCGUGUGCGGUGUCUUGGAGAAGGCUGAGGACGAGUUGGCGUGCACCGGCGUUGUCAUGUGCCUGGAGAAGAACUCGCCCGAUCUCGGCGAGCUGAUUCACCAGCUUUUGUACGUUGGUGGCACGAUCACCUCGGGCCCGUUCACCGCCAACCCUGCCUACAUUCUCGUCGGAUUGGACGUUUAA